UGAAAAACAAAUUCAGGAGAUCCUCGGGCUACGACGGGGUUCGCUUCUUCCGGCAGUUGUGUAACCCGAAUUUCUGACGUAAUAGUUACAGUUAAUAUUUGUAUGGAAAAUACUUCUUGGCAGGCGCUAAAUAAUAAUUGGUUUAAGUUCUGUUAUACUUAACUCUUAAGUUAAAUACAUUUUCACAAAAGCUUUGAGAAUGGUUUGACUUAUUUCCUCAUAAUUUUAAAUGAGUCCUUUACCUAGUUUUUUUCCCCCUACGUCUAAGCGCAGUGUUAAUAUUCAAGUUGUGCUGAAUGUUAACGUGGCUUACUAAUGUUAGACUUUUGAGGAAUAAAGUCUCGGUCUUGUUUUUAAUCAACACUCGCGGCUACUACUAUGUGACUACAUUUUAAUAUGAUGUAAUGAGCUGAGUAUAUAUUUGGGGUUUUUAGGUUGGUAUAAAAAUAUUUGAGAAUGAAAGUAGUUAAUUGCUCCAUAUUUGUAACCUUGAAACUGUGCCAUUGAUCUGAUUUUUACAGUGGAACCUCUCGGUAGUAGAACGAAAGUGUAAACCUCAAAAGUCUUUGGACAUUCAGGGAAGCACGACCAGAACAGCUGAACUUUAUUGAGUCUUAAAUUGGUUUGAGGCGUGUGCCGACUCGUAUGAUUGUAAUGGGAUAGUUCUGAAUGCAGCCCCGUCCCCAGUGAAACUCAAAUGUGAUUCUGUUGUAUCGACAAUUUCCCAAUCAGGCAGUAUGAGCAGAGAGCUCAACGUGCCCACGGGCUCGCCGGCCCCGGGUAUGUCAGAGCGGGCUCCGGAUGGCGGCAGCGGCGGCAGCGGCAUGGACUACCGGGACUGGGUGCGGCGCAGCUACCUGGAGCUGGUUAGCUCCAACCACCAUUCGGUGCAGGCCCUCUCCUGGAGGAAGCUCUACCUGAGCAGGGCCAAGCUCAAGGCCUCCAGCAGGACCUCUGCGCUGCUUUCUGGCUUCGCAAUGGUGGCCAUGGUGGAAGUGCAGCUGGAGAUGCAGUACAGUUACCCGCGCGUGCUGCUGGUGGCGUUCAGCGUGUGCACCACGGUGCUCGUGGCCGUGCACCUGUUCGCGCUGCUCAUCAGCACGUGCAUCCUGCCCAACGUGGAGGCGGUCAGCAACAUCCACAACCUCAACUCGGUCAGCGAGUCGCCGCACGAGCGCAUGCACUACUACAUCGAGCUGGCGUGGGGCUUCUCCACCGCGCUGGGCAUUCUGCUCUUCUUGGCCGAGGUGGUGCUACUCUGCUGGAUCAAGUUCCUGCCCGUGGACUCGGGAGGUGCCGCCGCGACGACAACGGCGCCCGUUGCGCAAGACAGCGGCUGGCUGGCGGCGCUGGCGUCCACCAUCAUCAUGGUGCCCGUGGGGGUCAUUUUCGUGGUGUUCACCGUCCACUUCUACCGCUCGCUGGUGCGCCACCAGACG